AUCGAACUUCUUCAAUUUUCCUUUUCAUGAAAACAGAAAAACCGGAUUAUCUUGGGUGCACGUGGCCCUUUUUCCAUAUAUAGACAUGUAUCACGUGACAAAGGAGAAGGGUAAUUGGGUAAUUUACUGUUGCUCCUCCAUUGUUAUGGAGCUAAGGGCCCCACAAUUUUCUAAAGCCUUAAUUUUGCAAUUUGGAUCAAAAGGGUUUUUUUUUUUUUUUUUUUUUGUGUCGUAAUUUAUAAAGAGGAUUCAUUUCUCUCUCUACUUUUCUUUCAUCAAACAUACAAAUUCAGGUAGUGCAACUCACUGUAGUUAGUUUCAUUGUUGAUGAUUAAGUUGAUGAUGAUAUUGGUUUGUUGAUGGUUUAGUUGCAUUGUUGAUGAUUAAGUUGUUGAUGGUUUGGCUGUUAAUUUUACCAUUAGUUGGGGUUUGGUUUUUUGAUUGGUUUGCUAAUUUUUUGAUCAAUUUGUUGGGUUUUGUAAUGUGCAGGUUUUUAGACAUUGGCUCAAAUUUGUUUGCAGGUGAAACUCUGAAAAUCUUAAAUCUAAAUUGUACAAGAUUACAAUCUAUAGUUUGCAUGGUUGUUGCUUUUUGUUUUUGAUGGUUUUUUUUUUUUUUUUUUUUUUUUUUUUUUUGGGGGGGGGGGGGGGUUUGUUGUAUAGUAUUCCCUACCCUCUAAGAUUGCCUUUGUUGUCAUAGGACGUCCCAUUAAUUUAAAAAGUAACAUUUCACAUGAGGCAAUUUUUAAGGGACAGAAAGAGUAAGCUAUUAGUAUUAUUGUUACUCUAAUAAGAGAAUAGUUGCAUCUUGCUGACCCAACUUGUGAUAAUUUAGCAUUUGAAAGAAUUUUAUGAAUAUAUGUUAAUAAUCCUUUGUAAUAGUGGUGUCCCUUAAUUUAUCAUUCGUCCCGAGUGAAUAUGUUGUGGAAACUGAACCAAGAUGUGAUACUAUCUAUGAAAACAUGAGACCUAUGUGAUGUGGAGUACAUUGUGGAAUAUUAUUAUAGAUGAUUUAUUACCAUGCAUCAUCUCUGUUAGUAAUAUUGAGCUCCUAAACAUAGAUAUAUAGAUGAUUUAUUGGAAUAUUAUUAUAGAUGAUUAGGAGCUCCUAAACAAUAUUCAACAAUGAAAGGUCAAUAUUAUUAACAAUGUUUAGGAGCUCCUAAACAAUAUUCAACAUUGAGCUCCUAAGUAUUGUUUUGAUAAUCUAUAAUAAUAAGUGGAACAUUGAAUAUUAUUAACAAUGUUUAGGAGCUCCUAAACAAUAUUCAACAUUGAAUAAUAGUAACAAUGUGUAGGAGCUCAAUAUUAUAAAGAUCAUCUAUAUUUAUCGGAACUUUAUUGGAAUAUUGUUAAGUGCCUUUAGAUGCCACCGCAUGAACAAUGAAAGGUCUUUGUACUAAGUGGAGCGGGCAAUUCUAACUUUCUAAUAAAGUUGAUGGAGCCAAAGUUGAAUUUUGAGAUGUUAUGGGGGAGGAGGGGGGGACUGUUCUAUGUUAGUUGCUUUUUUUUUGAUUGUCUGUAUUUUUUAGAUACUGAUUAAACAUUGCUAAUUUUGUAGCCUGUGUUUUUGAUGUUCAGUGAGCUUUAGAUUGUCCAUUGACAUAUACCGGUGAAAAAAUGGGAGAAGGUGGUAUGAUUUAUGUGAAAUCCGAAUCAGAAGGCAAUAAACCUUUAAUUCAACUUGAAGAAUCUCACAUGCCUUAUCUGGUCCAUCCAGAGUUGGAUGCCCAACCUCUAGUUGAUAAUACCAGUUUCUCUGAACCACCUUUAUGUCCAGCACCCCUCUGCCGACAGUUCUGGAAAGCUGGAAACUAUGACGAUGAGUUUGUUUCCAAGUCUCGGGUCCAAAACAGCAAUAACUAUUUGCAUGUUCAUCCCAAGUUCCUUCAUUCAAAUGCCACUUCUCAUAAGUGGGCUUUUGGAGCUAUUGCCGAACUUCUCGACAAUGCAAUUGAUGAGAUACAAAAUGGAGCUUCUUAUGUCAUUAUUGAUAAAACUUCAAAUCCAAGAGAUGGGAGUCCAUCUUUGCUCUUUCAAGACAAUGGAGGUGGAAUGAGUCCAGAGGCGAUUCGGCGCUGUAUGAGUUUUGGAUUUUCAGACAAGAAAUCUAAAUCUGCAAUUGGAAGAUAUGGAAAUGGAUUCAAGACUAGCACGAUGAGACUUGGAGCUGAUGUUAUUGUCUUCAGUCGCCAUGUAAAUAACGGGACAACGACUCAAAGCAUUGGUCUCCUUUCCUAUACAUAUUUGUCUCAGAACGGCCUAGAUAGGAUAGUAGUACCUAUGGUUGAUUACAAGUACAACGAGUCAACUGACACCUUCAUACCUCUACCUCGCUACCACGGAGAGCAAUUUCAGUCUAGCAAGUCCAUCAUCUUGCAGUGGUCACCAUAUUGCAAUGAGGUGGACCUUAUGAAGCAGUUUGAUGACAUUGGAUCUCAUGGAACUAAAGUUGUUGUUUUCAAUUUAUGGUUUACUGAUGACGAGACUCUGGAGUUUGAAUUUGACAGUGAUCCUCAGGAUAUUUGCCUGCAAGGUUCUGAUGAUUGUAAGAAUAUAAAAAUGAAAAAUUCAACAAUUGAAGAGCAUAUUGGCAUCCGAUACCAUCAUUCUCUCCGAGUAUAUUUGUCCAUCUUAUACUUGAAGAUUCCACAGAGUUUCACUAUUGUACUGCGCGGAAAAGCUGUGGAGCAUCACAAUGUAGCAAGUGAUCUCAAAUAUCCAGAGUUCAUCUUGUACAGACCUCACACUGGGGGCACUAAGGAGGCUGAAGUGUUAGCAACAAUAGGGUUUAUCAAGGAAGCUCCUCAUGUCAAUAUCCAUGGCUUCUGUGUUUACCAUAAAAACCGUCUUAUACUGCCAUAUUGGCAAGUUGUAAGCUACGAUAGGAGUAGAGGAAGAGGUGUUGUAGGGGUCUUGGAAGCAAACUUUAUAGAGCCUACUCAUAACAAGCAAGAUUUUGAGAGGACUUCCCUUUUUCUAAAGCUCGAAGCUCGAUUGAAGGAAAUGGCGUGGGAAUAUUGGGAUUUUCACUGUGGACUUAUUGGCUAUCAAAUUAAAAAACCAAUUCGAGCACCUGUAUCUUCACUAGGCUUAUCUGAUGUGUGCCCAAGUAAUGCUAGACAUGAACCACUUGAAACAAAUAAAAGUUUGAAUUUUGGUCGAGCACCAAUUCAUCAGGCUGAUCCUGUGGUUAAUUUGUUUGCUACAUCUGUAUUUCAAAGUGAUCAAAGCAUCCAACAGCGUGGUACUAAGAGGACACAAGAAGAUGUUUUGUUUGCUCUUGACAAGGGGAGUGUGCAUGUCAGAACUGAAUCUGACAUUAACAACGCUGGUUGCUCUGUGGAAGUUCAGCCUGCCUCUCAGGCUGCCAACCUGAUCAAUGAAAAAGGGGCUGUGGUAAUGAUGCAGGAAAAUAAGAGCCUUCUGGCAAAAUGCUUAGAAUACGAGAAGGCUGAGGAAGAGCUCAAUAACAAGGUAUUGCUGCUCAGUAAGGAGCUUAAACUGGCACAGCAUGAAUAUGAGAGGAUGCUAAUUGUACUUCAAUCGCUCGAGGCUGUCAAACCUGAAUUGGAUGUGUAAAGCAUGAUCAAGUCUGAUGCAAUAACAGGAUGGGUAGUUUUUUGACUGUUUUGUGUGCCAAGUAAUGUGUGAAGAGAUGCUGCUGGGAGGCCUUGCUCUUUCAAGAGCAUGCGCAUUGAAGGAAAGGGCACUACGCUCUGACCAAAGUUUUCGGCAGGUGCUGCUACGAGCUGUCAAACUGAUAUCACUAUCAAUAGAAAGCUGAAUUAGUGCAUGGGUGAUGCUGGAGCUACAAGCUGUGAAACCAGGCCCUAGGACUGUUUUUGUGGUAGCGUUCUCUCAGGAUAAAUGGGAGCUAGAGGAAUAGUAAAUUGUAAUGCAAUAGUAGAGCAUUAAACUAGUGUGAAGUAUAUUAGUAUAUAGCAUUAUAGUAUCAAACAAGGCACAUAAUUUGGAAUAGCUGCUUUGAGCUUAAAUGCUCAAGUGGCCAGCUUUUGGCAAAUGUCUUUUGAAACUACAUAUUUGUAGCUACUUUGAAUAUGUAUAUAAAUGGCCCUGUUUCAAUUAA